UUUUAAAUGUACAACAUGAUGGAAACCGAACUAAAACCCCCGGCGCACCAGCCAAGUACUGGGGGCACGGGGAACACUAACUCCUCUGGAAACAACCAGAAAAACAGUCCGGAGCGAGUUAAGAGACCCAUGAAUGCCUUCAUGGUGUGGUCGAGGGGACAGCGGCGAAAAAUGGCACAGGAGAACCCCAAAAUGCACAAUUCGGAAAUUAGCAAACGACUCGGGGCCGAGUGGAAACUUCUAUCCGAAAGCGAAAAGCGACCUUUCAUUGAUGAAGCCAAGCGUCUCCGGGCUCUCCACAUGAAGGAACAUCCGGAUUAUAAAUACAGACCACGGCGGAAAACCAAGACGCUGAUGAAGAAGGACAAAUACACCUUGCCAGGUGGGCUUCUUGCGCCAGGCAGCAAUGCUAUGAGCGCAGGGGUGGGUGUUGGGGCUGGCUUGGGUGCCGGGGUUAAUCAGAGGAUGGACAGUUAUGCACAUAUGAACGGCUGGACAAACGGAGGCUAUGGCAUGAUGCAGGAGCAGCUUGGCUAUCCGCAGCACCCUGGUUUGAACGCUCACAACACGGCACAGAUGCAGCCUAUGCAUCGUUAUGACAUGAGUGCGCUUCAGUACAACUCUAUGACAAGUUCUCAGACUUACAUGAACGGAUCUCCCACGUAUAGCAUGUCAUAUUCUCAGCAAACCACUCCAGGAAUGACUCUAGGCUCCAUGGGUUCGGUGGUCAAAUCCGAGUCCAGUUCGAGUCCUCCAGUAGUCACAUCGUCCUCACACUCAAGGGCUGCCCCGUGUCAAACAGGGGACCUACGGGACAUGAUCAGUAUGUACCUCCCGGGCGCAGAGGUUCCGGAGCAAACUGCCCAAAGCAGACUUCAUAUGUCCCAACAUUACCAGAGUGCACCUGUGCCCGGCACAACGAUUAAUGGCACUCUCCCAUUAUCACAUAUGUAA